UUUGUCAUUUCUGUCCUUUUACCUGCCUCGAGUCACCUGAGAAAUCUAAGUCUACCUUACGAAAAGAAGUAUCGAUUCAUUGAAGAAUUUAUUUGUUAGUUUUCUUUAACAUUUUACCAUGUCUUACUCAAAUAUUACAUUAAAUCUCUCAGAUAGAAAUAUUUGUCAACCACUUUUUAAACCAAAAGCACGGUAUAUACCAGAAGAGAAAAGAAAUUCUGUUGGAAGUCCAUUAACUCCAAGGCCUUCCAUACUGAUGCCAGAAAUACAUCUGCUUCAAUCUUAUCAAAAUUCACGCAGAAUUGUGAACAAUUCAUUUAGAUUUCACGACAAUUAUCAAUUGCCGUGUUAUUCUGGACUUGAACCGCUUCCGCAUCUUCCUGCCAUGGAUGGUAAUCCAGCAAGAUUUUCAUCAUCCAUGAACCCUUGCAAGUUUGAAUAUAAGUCACUGCAUUUAUCUCCUAAUUUAAGGCCUUCUUUUUUAUCUCCAAUGGUUCAUCCUUAUUAUUAUAUGAAUGGUCAUAUGAAAUUUCCACCAUAUUUUCCAGGUUACGAUUCGUAUUACUAUUCAGACUGGAGAAAGCCAAAGAGACCCCGCACCGCUUUCACCCAAAAUCAGUUGAACUUAUUGGAAAAGGCAUUCGAGAAUAAUCACUACGUUGUGGGCAGUGAAAGAAAACAAUUAGCUCAAAUACUUGACCUUUCAGAAACACAGGUAAAAGUGUGGUUUCAAAACAGAAGGACUAAACAUAAACGUCAAAAGCAAGAUGACGAAGGUUGCAGUCAAAAGACCAAAGAUAAGGACUGCUUGAAUUCCACGGGAUCGUCUUCUGAUGAAUCGUCGCUUUCUGACGAUGACGAUGAAACUGGUUCAAUUAAAACAUCCGAUUCUUCUAAAACUGACUAUAGUACCGUUUUAUUUAGAGAUGAAACUGAUUCAUGUAAAACACCUCAUUCUUCUGAAAUUGAUUACGGGACUGUUUUAAGAGAUGAAAUUAGUUCAUGUAAAACAUCCAUUUCUCCUAAAAUUGAUAACGAAAUUCCUUCUUUAAAAUGCAAAAAUUCAUCUCUAGAUGUCAGUAAAGAUUACAUUGGCCCCAAAAGCGUUUGCAACACAAUUUGGAACCCAAUUACUUUAAAUAAAAAAAUUCCGUGUAUUCGGACUACGAUGAGUGAACGCAUGGAAUAGUUAUUUAACGCAGGAUAAUGGUAUGAUGUCUUACGGAUCCAAACAUUAUUAAUUUUAAAAAAAGGAGCCACAAUGGAACAUUUAUAAAUUGAAGAAACACUCGUUAUGUAAAUAUUG